AGCCAGCCACCGUCCCCUUCCUGAUGCUGAGGGUUUUCCUAUCCGGGUUAUUUGACCCGAACGGUGACUCCCGCCCCGCCCCGGAAGAAGCCGCUGGGUCUCGGGGCGGCGGCGGGCUCCUUCCCUGUGGGGCUGAGCGCGCACCAUAAGGUAACUCUGUCAGCACCCACAGUGCCAAGGAUGAAAACAGAAGCUAAGGAUGGAGAAGAGGAAAGUCUUCAGACAGCUUUUAAAAAGCUAAGAGUUGAUGCAGCAGGAUCCACUGCUUCUCUUCCUGUGGGUGAGGGUACAAUUCCAAGAGCACUGGUUAGAACAGCUACAGAUGAAACCAAACCUAAGAAUGUGUGCACAUCUAAAGAAGCCUGGCAUGGGUCUAUGAGGAAACCUUCAAGAGGGGCAGUGAGAACCCAGCGUCGGAGGCGUUCUAAGUCUCCAAUCCUUCAUCCUCCUAAGUUUAUCCACUGCAGUUCAAAAACGCCUUCUGUGUGCAGCCAUCUGGUACACAAGAGCCAGAUUGACACUCCGGACAACAGCACUGGGCUAGGGGUGCCAAUCCCAAAGGAAUUCUGUGCAAAUGAAAAAUCCAGUCCUGUUCUUGAUGGUGCUGGCCACCAGGGAGUUGGUGCUGAGCAUUCGGGGGCUUCUGUUGCAGAACCAGUGCAAGAGAACAAACAGGAAAACUCUUCUGUUGCUGUUUCUCUGAUGUCCAAAGCAAGUCUAAAGACCACAGAUCUUUCUGACUUCCAGUCAGUGUCCAAACAAAACAAGAGUAAGCCAUGUGCAUGCAUGGACAAGGCCUGUCAGUGUAAGCAAUGGCAAGACAUGGAAGUGUACAAAUUCUCCGGCUUGCAGAACACCAUCCCAUUGUCACCGGAAAGAACAGUUGCUGAGGACCACUCCCAGCCUUUGCCAUCAAGAACUCCCUCAAGCUCUCCACGAUCUUGCUCUGAGCAAGCAAGGGCCUAUGUGGAUGAUGUGACUAUUGAAGACCUUUCAGGAUACAUGGAAUAUUACUUAUAUAUUCCCAAGAAAAUGUCUCACAUGGCAGAAAUGAUGUACACCUGACAUCAAUGGGCUUUAGAGAAAGGGUUUGAUUGAAAUCUGCCCUCAGUCAUGCUCCACAUGAGAAGCAAUCCACUCCCUGCUCACCGUGCUUGCAAUAAAAACACUUCAUUGCAUCUCA